AUGUUGAAAAAAUCAAAUAGUUAUGUUGAAAAGUACAAUAGUGAUGAUGAUUGGAGCAGCUCUGAAGAAGAUCUGUCUUCUAGACACUCUUCCCUGGCCUUGGAGAAGCCCGAAGACCAACAAGAAGUUUCCUCUGUUUCAGAGAACACACCAGGGGCGUGGGGUGUUUCUGUGGAGCAGAUUCCUCCCCGACACCUUUCUCAGUCCUUUGUGAGGCCAUUUGUUCAGCAACAAGUCUCCUCAGGUCCAGAGAGCUCUGCAGCUAAGAGGAGCAUUUCUAUGGAACCACCACCUAUGAGACACCCUUUCCAGCCAUGUUUGAGCCCUAAACUCAAGCAAAAAGUUUCCUCAUUUCCAGAGAACACAGCUGUUAAGGAGAGAGAUUCCAUGGUGCCUCUACUUUCUGAAGGUUUUGCCCAGCCCUUGAUUAACCCAAAAGUUGAACAAAAUGUGUUCUCAGGUUCAGAGGGUGCUGAGACAGCCUUUUCAGUGGAGCCACUGCUCCCUCAAUGUUUUCCUCAAUCCGUGACAAAUGUUCAAGCCCAGCAUAGCUUCUCAGAGAACGUUGCUGGUAAUGAGGGCAUUUUUGUGCAGAUGCUGCCUCCAAAAUAUCUUUGCCAGCCCUUGGCAAGGCUUAAAUUCCAGCCACGGUCCGAUACCAGCAAGUCAGCAAGUGCUUCCACAGAAUGGAGUAGUCCUAUGGAGCCAGUGCCUUCUAGACAUACCUUCCAUCCCUGGGAGAGCCUCAGAUUUGAACAACAUGCCUCUUCAGAUCCAGAGAGCACUGCUGUGGAGUGGGGCAUUCCUAUGGAGCCACUGCCACCCAGAAGGCCUUCUCGGCGCCCGAAGAGAUCAGUUGUGAAGCAAGAACUCUUCUCAGGCUCAGUGAGUGCUCCAGCAGAAUGGAGUGGCCCUAUGAAGCCGAUGCCUCCCAGACAUGCCUUUCAGCCCUUGAUGAGCCCUGCAAGUUCAGGGAGAGCUGUGCAACAAGCCUCUGGGCAACAAGCCUCUGCAAGUUCAGGGAGAGCUGUGGCUGAGAAGGGCAGUCCUAUGGAGUGGAUGCCUCCCAGACAUGUCUUCCAGCCUUUGGUGAAUCUUAAAUCUGAGAAGCAAGCCUCUUCAAGUUCAGAGAGAGCUGUAGCUGAAAGGAGCAGUCCUAUGGAGUGGAUGCCUCCCAGACAUGUCUUCCAGCCUUUGGUGAGUCCUAAAUCUGAGCAGCAAGCCUCUGCAAGUUCAGGGAGAGCUGUGGCUGAGAAGGGCAGUCCUAUGGAGUGGAUGCCUCCCAGAAAUGCCUCCCAGCCCUGGGUGAGCCAUAAAUCUGAAUGGCAAGCCUCUGCAAGUUCAAAGAGAGCUGUGGUUGAGAGGAGCAGUCCUAUGGAGUGGAUGCCUCCCAGACGUGUCUUCAAGCCUUUGGUGAGUCCUAAAUCUGAGCAGCAAGCCUCUGCAAGUUCAGAGAGAGCUGUGGCUGAGAGCAGUCCUAUGGAGCGGAUGCCUCCCAGAAUGCCUUCUAAGUCCCCAGUGAGACAAGUUGUGAAGCAGGAAGUCUUCUCAGGUUCAAUGAGUGUUCCAGCAGAAUGGAGCGGUCCUAUGGAGCCAAUGCCUCCCAGAAAGCCUUCUCAGCCCCAGAUGAAACCAGUAGUUAAACAAUCAAUUUCUGCAGGUCCAAAGAAUGUUGCCAUUGAGGGGGACACGUCUGCAGACCUGCCGCCUCCCAGAAACUGGUCCAUUGUGAGACAUAAAGUCCAGCAAAUGUCAAGUUUUGAGAGUGCUGCUGUCGAAGGGGGCAUAUAUGAGAGGUCUUCCAAAUAUCCCACUCACUUAUUAAGGAGGUCUAAAGUUCAGGAAAUAUCCUCAUAUCUAGAGAAGAAUGCUGUUGAAGGAGGCACACCUAAGAAAUUGCCGCUUCCCAGGCGUCCUUCCCAGUCAUUCGUGAAGUUUAUGGCACAGCAAAUUUUUUCAGAGACCCCUGCUACUGAGGAACGGAUUUAUGUGGAUCCUCUGUCUUCAAAUCAACCUUCCAAAUCUUUGUUGAGUCCUAAAGUUGAGCACCAAGUUUUCUCAGAUUGGGAGAGAGCUGAUAUUGAGGGAGGCAUUUCUUUGAAGCCGCUGCCUACAAAAUGCCCUUUACAGUCCCUGGGUAGGCCUGAAGACCCACAAGAAGUUUUCUCACAUUCAGAGAGUCCUCCUGUGAAGUGGAUUAGUUCUCAAGAGCAGCUGCCUCCCAGAUACCUUUCCCAGAAAUUGGGGAAGCUUGAGAACCAGCAAAAAGUCUUAUCAGUUUCUAAGAGCUCUCCUAAAGAAUGGUGGUCCCAGGCUGAGGAUGAGGCUGAAUUCCAGCCACAUAUUUUCUCAACAGAUUCAGCAAGUGUACCUGUAGGGCAGAUCAGUGCUAAGGAUGAUCACCUGCCUCCCAGACACCCUUUUCAGGCCUUUCCAGACCCUGAAUAUCAGCAACAAGUUUAUUCACGUUCCAUGAAUGCUCCUGCCAAGGGAAAUGUUUUUGAGAGCAAUUCUAGCAGCUGGUCACUACUAAGAGGUCCAGCUUCUCCAAAUAAAACCAGGAAACAUGGCCAGGACUCUGAAAACUUCAUUAAGAAUAUCCCGACUCCUGCUACCAAACCUGUGAAGUUCACCACCUCUCCUGCCUGGCCAACAUCCACUUCUGGGGAAAAUAAGAAGGAGGUUCUUGAGGAUAGUGAUCGCGAUAACAGCUAUUCAAAUUUAUUCCCCAGUGGGGCUGAUGUUGAAAACCGUUUUGGAGUCCGACUGAGAAGGAUCCCUUCCUCACAGAAGCAGGAGAGUGAGAAACAAGACCAUUUUACCAAGCUUCCUUCAUUCUCCUUAAGCCCAGUUUCAUCUUAUGUGGGUAGAGAACCACAAAUCAGAAGUGCUUCCCAGGGGCUCCUGGGCAUCAGAGAGAACGUCACCACAAUAUCUGACUUUGCAGAGAAGCAACAGAACAAGACCAGGUCUGGCAGCAUGGCCAAGAAGCAAUCUGCUUACAAGAUCCCAGGAGAGGCUCCUAUUCAACAAUCAGAUUAUGCAACCUCAGAGCCAGCUUGGAUAACCAUGGUAAAGCAGAGGCAGAGGAAUUUUCCGACCCACAUUCCUAUGAAAGAACCAAAACCCAAUAAUAGAGCUGAAACUAAGGCUGAGACUAAGAAGCCUACAUAUGAGGGAGCUGAAAACCAACACAGAAAGAUUUUCACUUCCAAUGUCAAUAGACAGGAGAAGAUGGCACAGAUGGACCUACCUAAGUCUACCAAAGCAGGUAAAAAGAGUCCUCCGCAACAUCUUCCCACUGAAAUAGCUGUGAAACUUUGUACCUCUGGGUUUCUUAUGGCUUGUGUUAUUUGCUGUGAUUUUUUUGAAGAGCGGAAGAUAUGUCAAGUGCCUUCUACAAGAAAGGAAAUCAGACAAUCUUCAACUCUCCCAACUGUACUCCAAGAGCCAUUUGAGCCAGUCUGGUUCUCCUUGGCCAAGAAGAAAGCCAAAGCAUGGAGCCAUAUAGCAGAUUUCAUGUAA